UGUUCCGAGAUGUCAGAUGACCAUCGCUGCUAUUUGUCAUCCAAACUCGCCAGCAGCGCUAACAUGUCUCGGAAUAACAAACAAUUUAGAGACCUUUCGGCUGUUUAUGUCACUAAGUAAGCCGCACGGCGACCGACCGCACAUUUUCACUUUCACUCGGACGAGGGGAUACGAGUCUUCUGAGAAGGAGGAAAAAAGAUGCUAGCCACAGUGACCGCUGUGGUUAGCAAUGGCAGCGCCACGUCCUCGUCGCUGGAGAACACCUCUGCAUUCCCGACCUGGAUUCCCGACUCUGAAGCCAACAUCAGCAAGCCUCAUAGAUGUCUCCAAGUUCUGUAUGAGGACAUUGGUAACUCCAGGGUGCGUUUCUGGGACCUUCUCCUUCUCGUGCCUAAUGUGGCCUUUUUGGUUUUCCUGAUGUGGAAGCUGCCUUCAGCCAGGGCCAAGAUUCGACUCACCUCCAGCCCCAUCUUCAUCACCUUUUACCUGCUGGUAUUUGUGGUAGCAGCAGUGGGAAUCACCCGGGCCAUUGUAUCAAUGACUGUCAGUGCGUCCAGCUCUGCCACCAUCAUUGACAAGGUCUUAUGGGAAAUCACCCGCUUCUUCCUGUUGGCAAUUGAACUCAGUGUUGUCAUUCUUGGACUGGCUUUCGGUCACUUGGAGAGUAAAUCCAGCAUCAAGCGUGUUUUGGCCAUCACUGCUGUGCUGGCCCUGGCCUACUCCAUCACGCAGGGCACCUUAGAGAUCCUGUACCCAGACAGCCACCUGUCUGCCGAGGACUUCAACAUCUACGGCCAUGGAGGACGCCACUUCUGGUUGGCCAGCUCCUGCUUUUUCUUCCUGGUGUACUCUCUGAUCGUGAUCUUGCCUAAAACUCCAGUGAGGGAGAGGAUAUCUCUGCCAUCCAAGAGGAGUUUCUAUGUGUAUGCUGGCAUCCUGUCUCUGCUGAACUUCAUCCAGGGCCUGGGAAGUGCUCUUCUGUGUGCAGACGUCAUAGAGGGACUCUGCUGCGUGGACGUCACCACCUUCCUCUACUUCUCGACUUUCGCGCCACUCAUCUACGUCACAUUCCUCAAAGGAUUCUUCGGCUCGGAACCCAAGAUCCUGUUCUCCUACAAGUCUCAGAUGGACGAGCCCGACGAAACCGACGUCAACCUUCCCCCGACCGUGGCCGCCAACCUGGGUCGCAAGGAGCUCACUGACCAGAGUCUGUACUAUUCCUCCACCCAGUUCGACGGGUCCAGCGCAGGGACGGCCGGAGCAUACCUGGACGACGUGGCCUCCGGACCCUACGGGUCCAGCAGCAUCGAAGCCGACCGCUGGAGACCUAUCAACGUCUAAUCCCCCUUCCCCUGGACUGGAAGGUGUGUGAAGACGGUGUUGGAGCAACAUACUUUGACACAAGGGACAAGCGAGGCGGGACCUUUUUCUCCCACUCUCCUGGAGGUCUGUAUGCACUGCUUUCAUAACCUUUUCCCCGGCACGCGAGCUGCUGGAGCACGGUCUGCCCUCAAUGAGGAAGAUUUCUUCAUUUCACAAGUCUUAACAUUAUUUUUUUUUAGAAACGUCGCAUCACUCGAGCAUUCCCAGUGUUUCAGUUCAUGGUUGUCAGGUCCCAAUACACCAGGCGAGGUUUUGUGCGAUGGACCGGUACAUUUUUAGAUGGUCGACUAGUUGCUGUUGUGUUAAGUAUUGUUGUGUAAGAUGAAAGUCACCUCCAGUCUACCAACACUGAGCAAUUCAGUCUCAACUAUUUUUCUGCUAUUUAUUUGGGAGCUUGACAUUCCUACUUCUAAUGGAAGUCUUGAUCGGUCUCUAACAACUUACUGAUGCCAAACCUGUCGCUUUUAUCCAAGCUUGAAGUGCAUUUUGCUUAAGAUGGGUAUUUGUGAGUCUGUAGCAUAAAAGUGAGUUUGUUUGGAAGUUAUUGGUGUAUAUUAGAAUAAAAAUCACAGCAUUGAACCACAUAGUAUUCCCAGUGAUAACCUUGUAGUACGCCUUCUACAUGCAGGUUAUGUUUGAAUGUAUUAAUUAUGGUGCGGCGACACAGCAUUCUCCAUUUGACCUUUUAUUUUUUAGCUGAGGAGAAUGAGCUUUUAGUUUUGAGAUACAUUUUGUCAAUCUGGUUAUGUGGGGACAUCAAAUGAGGAAUGUUAAUUACCUGUCAAAAUGCUUACAUGAUAUAUGAAGAAUAAAACCUGAUCAGUUUU